AUGACUUGCGAAGCCUGCCGAACGAUUCCUCCCGUAACCUCCCAGGGGUACACCCCGAAGGGCCAGUACGAGACCAUUGCGGGUCUCAAGACGUAUGUGACGGGUAACCCGGAGGCCCGCAUUGGUCUGGUCGACAUUUACGAUGUCUUCGGAUUGUCCAACCAGACUCUGCAGGGCGCGGAUCUGCUGGCGACGCGCCUGAACGCCGUCGUUCUGGUCCCGGAUUUCUUCGAGGGCGAUGCGCUGGAGCAUCAUAAUAUCCCGCCCGACACGGAUGAGAAGAAGCAGCGCAUCGGGCAGUUUCUGGCCACCCGGGCGAAUAUCGAGCGGAAUACGGGCGUGGUGCUUGCCGCCGUGCCGGAGUAUCGCACGCGGUUCCCCUUAGUCGCCAAAUGGGGUGCCAAUGGUCUCUGCUGGGGCGGCAAGGUGACGAUCCUCGCAUCGGGGUCGAACACCCCGUUCGCGGCCUCGAGUCAGGUGCACCCAGGUCUGCUGGACCCGGCCGACGCGCAGUUUGUCUCGAUCCCGCACAUGGUGCUGGCGUCGAAGGACGAGGAGGCCGACAAGGUCGCGGCGUAUGCUCCUCUAGUCGCCCCCAAGAGCGGCGUUGUCGAGACGUAUUCAAGCAUGUGGCAUGGCUGGAUGGGAGCUCGAGCCAACUUGGAGAACGAGGAGAGUCGGGCGGAAUAUGUGCGUGGAAGAUACGCACAACUCGCCGACUUUUUCGAGAAGCAUCUCGCUUAA